UGAACAGCAAGUGUACAGGACUGAAUGCAAUGCUGCAGUGUUCAGAAACAAAUUAUGAUGGCACAGAAAAUGCAGGUGCAUUGGAGGAGGUUGUGGAUUACAUAGCCAGAAACAGAAAGCUGUUGGGACCUGCAUUCUGUGCUGAAGAUCUGCGAGAAGAGACUCCUGGGAGAGAAGAAACUCGUAUUGACCCACCUGAUGGCCAGCAAGACCCAGAAGUUGAGAAAAACAAAGAGAAAACCUUAGGAAAAGAAGUAUUAUUACUGAUGCAGGCUUUAAAUACUCUUGCCACUCCAGAAGAAAAGUUGGCAGCCCUCUGCAAGAAAUAUGCUGAUCUGUUGGAGGAAAGCCGAAAUGUUCAACGGCAGAUGAAGGUGCUGCAGAAGAAGCAGGCUCAAGUUGUGAAAGAGAAGGUUCACUUGCAGAGUGAGCAUAGCAAGGCCAUCCUAGCGCGCAGCAAACUGGAAUCUCUCUGUCGUGAGCUUCAGCGCCAUAAUAAAACUAUAAAGGAAGAGAACAUGCAGCAAGCUCGUGAAGAGGAGGAGAGGCGCAAAGAAGCAACUGCACACUUCCAGAUCACACUGAAUGAAAUUCAGGCUCAGCUGGAACAGCAUGGUAUACACAAUGCAAAGCUGCGCCAAGAAAAUGUUGAGUUGGGAGAGAAACUGAAGAAACUCGUAGAACAGUAUGCACUGCGAGAAGAACAUAUGGACAAAGUCUUCAAGCAUAAGGAACUACAACAGCAGCUGGUGGAUGCUAAGCUUCAGCAAACGACACAGCUCAUAAAAGAAGCUGAAGAAAAGCAUCAGAGAGAAAGGGAGUUCUUCUUAAAGGAAGCUACUGAGUCCAGACACAAAUGUGAACAGAUGAAGCAACAAGAAACCCAAUUAAAACAGCAGCUUUCUCUUUACAUGGACAAAUUUGAGGAGUUCCAGACAACAAUGGCAAAAAGUAAUGAACUUUUUACAACUUUCAGACAAGAGAUGGAAAAGAUGACCAAGAAGAUUAAGAAACUGGAAAAAGAGACAAUAGUUUGGCGUACAAAAUGGGAAAACAACAACAAAGCUCUUCUGCAAAUGGCCGAAGAAAAAACAGUUAAAGAUAAAGAAUAUAAAGGCUUUCAGAUAAAACUCGAGCGUUUGGAAAAGCUGUGCAGGGCUCUUCAAACAGAGAGAAAUGAGCUGAAUGAGAAGGUGGAAGUCCUUAAAGAACAGGUUGCUGUAAGGGAAGCGGAUGUUGAUCUGGCUGUACGGGUGUUGCAGUCAUGCACACUCAGUUCCCAUGAGAAGCUGGGGAUUUCUACCAAUGGAGCAGAAGAAGGAAUUCAACCAGAUCCUGGAUUGACGGUGGCAACUGAAGGAAAUAGCUCUGAAAAAACUGUCUGCCUAGAUUCCAUUCCUACCACAGAUUUUGUUGACUAAAGUGUAAACACUGUAUUGAGAGAUAUAUUUUGUGUAUAACUUUAACUGGUGGUGGUAACUAUUAGUUUUGUGGUGAACAUUUUCUUACUUUUUCUACCAUAUCUGUAUUUUCUUAGAACAACAGAACUUGCCUGGUACAGUAAGCUGCAUAGCGGCUAUUGAAUAGCUUAUCUAUAAAUUUUCCACAACUGUGUUGCACAUCUGCCUCAUUUUUUU